CAAGGGAAUAUGAUAUUUAUAUAUAUAUAUGUGUAAGUCUAUACAGAAAGUUUGAGUUCGACUGAAAAUAAAGACAGAUAAUUCUCACAAUUAGUUAACAUAUUGUUUUUAUUUAACGAGUUGUAUCUCCAGCAUGUAAAUUGCUUUUCAAUGAUGUUUUGUAUAAAUUUCGUGGGAAGAAGGUAUAAUCAGAAAUAUUUUAAUGUUGCCUGUCAAGCCUUCUAUUCUCGACGUAGCAGUGACAACAGUACAACACUUUAUAAAAUCAUCAAUGCAAAUGGAGAUUCCAUUGAUGGUACUGAUAAUGGUGAAUUUGAAACUAGUAACAACUGGGAAUUGUUGACACCGAGAGGAUUCAGAUUUUACUUACCAGGUAGUAUUGGUCCUGGUUGGUUAAAUUCAUCUACUACUAAACAAGUCAAAACAGAAUUUGUCGCUAUUACCGAGACUGAUUCUGUUAAUUCUAUAAAUAACAAAAAUAAGUAUAAAAGAUUAAAAGGUAAAUCAUCAUAUAUCAAACGACCAUUGCUGCAUUGUACUGCCCAAGAAUGUCCGCUUCUAUUAAGGAAGGGCAUUGAAGAACUGUUUCCUGGCUGCUUGGAUGUGAGUGCAGCGCAAUUAACUAUUGUGACUAUAAGUCAAAAAUCUAAUCCGAAAACAUUAAGGUGGGGUAAAAUAGCAGAAACUGAGAAAUUGGCGAAAUAUUUUGUAUUAGCCGCAUCAGACGUUUGUACAAGACUAAAAAUGGUUGGAUAUUGGGCGGAUUUUAUUAACCCGUUUAGUGGGCAACCUUACUUUAGUUCUCUGAAAAAGAAUUCCCUUUAUACAACAGAUGAACGGUUUAGAUGCCUGGGUUUUAAAAUAGCAGAUAAAAAUAAUUGCAAAAUUAUUACUUUUGAUAGUAGCGUAUCAAAUUUUAUAGGUAGCUUAUAUACAACAGCUCCAGCAAGCACAGAAUUUUUGAAGGAAAUUAUGAGCAACAUUAACGCAGAACUUAAGUAAACGUAUGCUUCAAUUUCAUAUCUCUUUCUUCUGUUUCUUAGUUUCUCUAUAAAAUACAUGGUUAAAAAAAAAAAGCAGUUAUAUAUUGUAAUGUUUAUUAAGAAUUAUUAUAUUGUACAUAAUUCGCCAACCUAUGAUGUAUAAUAUUUUAAUUUAUAAAAGGAGCAUAAUUAUUGAAUUUUUAUGAAGCAAUGCAAGCCAAGAAC